AUGACAAGAACAAGGGCUACGGUGGAGGAAUCAGCCAAGGAAACCAACAGUGAUGCCAACUCUGGUCGGAUUGAAACCCUAGAGUCGAAAUUCUCCAAUCUCGACUCGCGUUUCACUUCCUUGGAAUCAAAGGUGGAUUCUUUGACUGCUUCAAUGGAACGAAUGUUGGAUUUGAUCGGCGCGAUGCAGCAGAGAAAUCCCGAGAAGGCGCCGGUGACGGAAGUAACCUCUCCGACCUCUCCAGCACCCUACCGGCCGCCUUUUGCACAAGGUGGAGCUGAAAACCAUCAAGCCUCGUUCAAAGCGGCGAUGGAAAAAGGAAAUCGUCGAUCUCCAGUUAACCCUAUGCGCGUGGACAUUAACCACCAGACACGCGCCGGCAAUUUCAACAAAAACAGUCCCCUGUCGGAGUUCACGAAUUCAGGGGGAUUUCAGGGCGACAACAAUUGGGGAACAGUAGAACUACCGGUGGUAUCAGCAACCCCGGGUGGAUUUGCCGGUCUUUACAGCAAGGCGAACACCUGGUAUCAAGGUGUUAAACAUGCUUAUGGUAUGCCUACCUGGGUUGAAUUUGCUGAAUUGUUGGUUAAGCAUUUUGGAACUAGUAAUGGUCAGGACUGUAUUGAAGAGUUUAGUAAACUGGUUCAGCUUGGUAGUUUAACUGAGUAUCAAGAACAAUUUGAGGAGUUACAAUGUGGCACUAAAAACAUUGCUGCUUUUGAAAUUGCGCUCUAUCAAGAGCAAUCUCUGUCUUUCAAUGGUAGUUUAGGUUGGCAUGAUUCUGGACAGAUUGAUUCUCCCCUUAGCUCACCAGGAAGUGUGAGGGGUGGAAAUGAGUCUCCGGUAGGAUAUAGUGAUAGGAUACCCACUGGUGACCUUGUUGAUAAGAUCGUUAAGGGUAAAGAGGACAGAGAAGGGGUGUUAGGAACUAAAGAUGAAAAUGGUAUCAAAAUAAAUGGUUAUAAAGGCCAUGGUAAUAGAUAUAUCAAAAAAAUGUCAUUGCAGGAGUUUCAGUAUCGAGCCAACAACCACUUGUGCUACCGGUGUGGUGAACAUUUCAAGCCGAGACAUGUUUGCAAGUUUGGGCAGGUGAAUGUGCUGCUUUGUGCUUCACUUUGCAAAUCAAGAAAACGUAUACAAAGCCCUACUUCUCUCCUCUCAUGUAUAUAUAAAGCCAAAUACUACCCAAACUCAGAUUUUUUGAACUCAUUGGGUACCCGUCCAUCGUGGUCUUGGGGAAGCAUUUUCGAGAGCAAAUCUUUGCUUCAACUUGGUUGCCGAAAGCUAAUCAGAGCGGGCCGAAAUACUCGUAUUUUCCGCGAUCCCUGGGUACCUCUUCUCCCCGACUUCAGGGCUGUUCAAAUUAAUGAUAUGAUUCCACAGGAUGCCUUGGUCUCGGUUUUGUUAAAUGAUGCUGUUGGCGGUUGGCACACGAAGUUAAUUCAGGCAGCCUUCUCUCCCACAAUAGCUGAUGUAAUUCUGAGUUUGGACGUUGGAUUAUCCCAGGGACAGGAUCUAUGGAGAUGGCACCACACGCGCCACGGGAAGCAUACGGUUAGGUCGGCAUGCCACGCUCUUAUGGCCUCGCACACCCUAACCCUUUUUAUUCACUUGAUCGAGACCCCAUCUUUGCGGCUGAUUCUGCUCUUUGGAAUGGAAUUUGGGGAGACAGCAAAAAUGUCGAAGCGAGGACGCAGAGGAUCGGCGGGUAACAAGUUCAAGAUAUCUCUGGGUCUUCCAGUGGCUGCGACGGUGAAUUGCCCCGACAACACUAGGGUAAAGAACCUCUACAUCAUUUCAGUGAAGGGAAUGAAGGGUAGGCUCAACCGUCUCCCUACUGCUUGCGUCGGUGACAGGGUUAUGGCCGCCGUCAAGAAGGGUAAGCUCGAUCUCAGGAAGAAGGUCAUGCCCGCAGUCAUUGUCCGCCAGCGCAAACCAUGGCGCCAAAAGGACGGUGUCUACACGUACUUUGAAGAUAAUGCUGGAGUGAUUGUUAAUCCCAAGGGAAAAAUGGAAGGUUCUGCAAUCAGUGGUCCCAUUGGAAAGGAGUGUGAUGAUCGUUGGCUUAGGAUUGCGAGUGUUGCCAAUGUGAUUAUUUAA